AUGGAUAGACGUUACACAAAAGCUGAAAAAGGCAAAGGUUUGGCUUUGGAUCCAGAUGAACCACAAGUGAAAAGAAUUAAAACCCCUGCACUCGACACAACAGAGCUCAUAAGAGAGAACUCACUCACUCUGAUAGGAAGGGUUACAAACCCUCAAGAGCAAAGAAUUCAAACUCUCUUACCGUCUCUUCCACGCAAAUUGAAUAUCCAAGGAAGAGUUCAAGGUUCAGACCUGGGAAACAAUUGCUUCCAGUACAUAUUCGAAAGCGAAGAGGACUUGCAAAGCGUCCUAGCUAACCGUCCAUAUCACUUCUGCUACUGGAUGGUUCUCCUUCAGCGCUGGGAGCCCGUAAUCUCGAACAGCUUCCCCUCAAUGAUACCCUUCUGGAUUAACAUCAAAGGACUACCCCUCCACUACUGGCAAGCUCCACUGGUUUGCAAGAUAGGAGAUGAGCUGGGCCUUCGUGAGAGUCAUGAGCUAUCAAAAUCCUCAGCAAGAGUUCGUGUAUUAGUGGAUGGCUUCCAGCCACUAGUCAAAGAAACUAUCAUAGAGUUUGAGUCAGGCGAAGAAAGCAAAAUUACCUUAGAGUAUGAAAGACUAGAGAACCACUGUUCCAUCUGCUUGCGCCUCUCUCAUCUGAAAUCCCAGUGUCCUCUUAAUCCACCUAGAGCAGGAUGCCCUGAAGAUGCCAAAGCGCUAGAUCCUACACCUCAUAGCCGAGUAGGAAGGACUGAUGCCUACGUCCAGAGCAGGGAAUUUUUCUCAUCCAGAAGAGAGGAGACUGAGACAAGAUCCACUCAUAACGAUGCUUUCUAUCAACGGGUAGACAGACAUGGUAGGGCGUUUGGACCCAGAGUCAGCACAAGACAGACUAGAAACCCACCCCCUCCUAAGCACCCUAAUCAAGAAGUCACAUCCAAGCUACAGGCUCCAAAUUUGGAGAGAGAACCCCACUAUGCCUCUCCCCCUUUCACGCACAAUAGAGAACUUCAUGUUAGAACGGUCUCCAGAGGAAGAGCUCUCUUCCCUUAA